ACUCAGGGAGGCAACAUGGGGGCGCAAAAACUCACCCUCAUCACCUUCUUUAUCAGCAACGUUUUCCUGUCUCUACAAAGUAAUGAAGUUGUCCUGCUAGAUUUCGAGAAGACUCAGGGAGAACUUGGCUGGCUGACCAGCCCUUAUGGAAAAGGGUGGGACCUUCUGCAAAAUGUGAUGAAUGGAAGCAUGAUUUACAUCUACUCCGUGUGCAAUGUGCAGGAAGGAGACCAGGAUAACUGGCUUCGAACCAACUGGAUUUACCGCAGCGAGGCACAGCGCAUCUUCAUUGAACUCCGCUUCACUGUGCGUGACUGUAACAGCUUUCCGGGGGUCUCCGGUGCCUGUAAAGAGACUUUCAACUUGUUCUAUGCAGAGUCUGAUGUGGAUUACGGCACCAACUUUCAGAAACGUCUGUUUCGCAAGAUUGACACAAUUGCCCCUGAUGAAAUCACAGUGCGGGAUGAUUUUGCAUCACGUAAUGUCAAGAUAAACGUUGAAGUUCGGACUGUGGGACCGCUGAGUCGCAAAGGAUUUUACCUGGCAUUCCAGGAUAUAGGGGCCUGCGUAGCACUGCUGUCUGUACGCAUUUAUUACAAAAAAUGCCCUGCAAUGGUCCAAGGUAUGGCCCAGUUUCCAGAAACUGUAGCCGGAGCAGAAUCGCAGCCAUUGGCAAAAGUUUCUGGGAAGUGUGUGGAAAAUGCAGUGUCUGUUGGCGGAGAGGAGCCAAGCAUGCAUUGCAAUUCAGAUGGCGAAUGGCUUGUUCCAAUUGGACAGUGUCUGUGCCAGGCUGGCUAUGAGAAAGUGGGGGACAUGUGCCAAGCUUGUCAACCUGGAUUCUUCAAAGCUGAACCCUCUAAUAGCCAGUGUGAUCCCUGUCCAAAACACACUGAGCCAUCUUCUGUGGGCGCCACUUCCUGUCCAUGCCAGGAUGGCUAUUUCCGAGCUUUAACAGACGCCAUAUCAGCCUCCUGUACCCGAUCCCCAUCGGUUCCUCGUGAUCUCACUGCCGUAGGCUUUGGAACCAAGGUUAUGCUGCGUUGGUCCACUCCCUCUUACACUGGAGGCCGUGAAGAUGUUACCUACAAAGUAACAUGUGAGCUCUGCUUUCCAGAGCCUGGUGACUGCAAAGCAUGUGAUGACAGCAUCCGGUAUUCUGAGAGCCCAGGCAGCCUGAAGGGUACCACCUUAAGCAUAAGUGAGCUAGAACCUCAUCUCAACUACUCCUUCACUGUAGAGGCCCGAAAUGGGGUGUCUGAUUCCAUCUCUGGACGUAGCAUUGCAACCAUACAUGUCAGCUUGAAUCAGACAGAACCCCCAAAAGUGACAUCUGUGAAUCUGGAACAACGAAGCAUGAAUUCCCUCACUCUCUCUUGGACUGUGCCGCCACGUCAGCCAAACCGGUCCUGGAAGUACGAGAUCACCUAUAACAAGAAGAAUGAUGAGAACAGCUACUCCGUUCAGCGUUGUGAGGGGAAUUCCAUAACCCUCAACAAACUUUCCCCUGAGACCACUUAUGUAGUGCGGGUUCAGGCUAUAACGCCUGAUGGCUCUGGAGCUGGAGGCAUUGGGAGCAUGGAGUAUGAAUUUGAAACAUUAUCUUCUGACUCCGAGGGUACAAACCAGGCUGCCAUUAUUGGAGGGGCAGCAGCCGGAGUAUCUGUAAUCGUGGUCUUAAUAAUAGUAGUCAUUCUUCUGCAUAGGAGCAAAAGACAUGGCCGUGGUCGGCAGUCCCCUGAGGAUGUGUAUUUUUCUAAAUCUGAGCAACUGAAACCCCUUAAAACCUAUGUAGACCCUCACACAUAUGAGGACCCCAACAAAGCUGUUCUGAAAUUUACCACAGAGAUCCCUCCCAAUGCUGUGACCCAGCAAAAAGUGAUUGGGGCCGGUGAGUUUGGUGAGGUUUAUAAAGGGAUCUUGAAGCUCCCAGGAAAGAAGGAGAUACCAGUGGCCAUAAAAACUCUGAAAGCUGGCUACACAGACAAACAGCGCAUUGACUUCCUGAGUGAGGCAAGCAUCAUGGGACAGUUCUGUCACCACAACAUUAUCCGCCUGGAAGGGGUCAUCUCAAAAUAUAAGCCCAUGAUGAUUAUAACAGAACACAUGGAGAAUGGAGCCCUGGACAAAUUUCUAAAAGACAAUGAUGGCGAAUUCAGCGCCAUCCAGCUGGUGGGCAUGCUCAGGGGCAUCGCAGCUGGCAUGAAAUAUCUCUCAGAGAUGAACUACGUGCAUCGGGAUCUAGCUGCUCGUAACAUUCUGGUGAACAGCCAACUUGUGUGCAAAGUGUCUGAUUUUGGUCUGUCUCGCGUCCUGGAAGAUGACCCAGAGGCAACAUACACAACCAGUGGUGGGAAGAUCCCAAUUCGUUGGACAGCCCCAGAAGCCAUAUCCUACAGGAAGUUUACCUCUGCCAGUGAUGUAUGGAGCUAUGGCAUAGUCAUGUGGGAAGUCAUGUCGUAUGGCGAGCGGCCUUACUGGGAGAUGUCUAACCAGGAGGUCAUGAAGGCCAUUAAUGAGGGUUUCCGGCUCCCGGCUCCCAUGGACUGCCCCUCUGCAAUAUACCAACUUAUGAUGCAGUGUUGGCAGCAGGACCGUAGUCGUCGGCCCAAAUUUGCAGACAUUGUCAGUUUCCUGGACAAGCUUAUCCGAAAUCCGGACUCACUGAAGACUUUGGCUGAUUUUGACCCAAGGAUUUCAAUCCGCCUUCCCAGCACCAGCGGCUCAGAAGGAAUGCCAUUCCGGAACGUUGCAGAGUGGCUCGAAUCCAUCAAGAUGCAGCAAUACACUGACUGCUUCAUGUCCUCUCAGUUCAAUUCCAUGGAUAAGAUUAUCCUCAUGAACCAAGAUGAAAUCAAGCAGCUCGGCAUACGGCUCCCGGGACACCAGAAACGGAUUGCUUUCAGUAUCCUGGGAUUAAAGGAGCAGGCUAGUACCAUGGGGAUCCCAAUCUGAACCUCCAAUUUAGCACAGGAACCCUAAGCAUCAAAGGAUCAGUGAGGUGCAACAGUACCUUCAUGAAGCUCCAGUUUCCAUAUCUUCUGUGACCAAAAUAAGAACCUCCUUCCAUGGCCCUAGAAACGUGGGCAUACUUGAAAUGAAACGCAUUGGGUUCCAGAGCAGGAUGGGAAUUGUAAAGGGUUGGUGAAAGGAAACACCAGCGGUGUCUCCACUUCCCAUGAUGCACAUGGGCAGUCCAGUCUGUGGAUCCUCAUGUUCUGUGUAUGCUUUGUAAUGGUGCAGUCAUGCCAGUGUGCACUUCAUAUAGACUGCUACAGGGAUAGGGAGCAGAACACACACACACACCUCAUUAAGACUGGAGUGGAUGUGAUUGCAGUAAGGCAUUUCAGGAGCUGAUAUCCAGACGCCCACUGGACAUCCGUCAGCUCUUGCAUUUCUUUUAUCUUUUUCUUCCUGUGUGUAAAUCCUUAAUCAUUCUAAAGGCCAUUCCUGCAGAAUGCAGUGCGUUUGCUGGACUUGAGAGAGCACUUUGAUUUUUAUUGGACUUAAGGUUUAUAAAGACCAGCCCUCUGACAUCCUUCCGGAUCCAAAGUGGGGGGGAAGACGCAAAACAUUUGGCCAGUUACAAGACUUCGGCGCAUUCCCCAUAAAGUACAGGCUUGGCAACAGCUGAGAAUAUAAUUCUACAAAUUUUCUUUUGAAACCGGUUUAUUGCAGCUGAUGUCUGUUUGAAAUGGUACAAGAGACAAGUUCACUUUGACUUUUUUUUUCUAUAUUAACCUGCCUGAGGGCAAAUCAGAAUUAUUACAUUGAGUCUGGAUAACUUUUCCUUCCACAGAAGCUUCCCAGUUCCCUCAUACAGAUACAUCAGUGUCCAGGCCUUACACCCUAUUCCAUAAUAACUAUUUUAACCUUUUUGUAUUCUCAAAGUGAAGACGACAGUAGGGGUUAUGCACAUAGAACAAUUCAAGAUCGCUGUUAUUAAAGUGGAGCAAUUGCUUUGGAAACCUAUAGAAUGUUCCGGCUGAUUGUUCACAUUUUUACAAGUUUUUGCUGCAGAAUUGCUCUUUAUACCAAGGCCCUAAGAGUUUGUCAUGGACACUUGUUAGACAGUGAGGGCUGUGUGAAAAUCAUUAUUCAUCAUAUGUGCACUUCUGUCAAACAGAGGGAUAAUCUGCUUUUUAAGCUAUUCAAUGGCCUGUUAUCCGUUAUCUUUGUGCACUAAUCCGCACAGAGUUUUUAUGACUUAAACAUACACACUUACUGUCUGUACCUACCAAGAGCCCUACUGAGUAAUAACCCAGACAUUUUCUGUUGUACGGCCCCAAGAAAAAAAAAUAUUUUUUGUUAUAUUUUGCAGAUUUUUACAGUGUAAUAUAACAAAAUUAUACAGCGAACGAUGUUAUGUUUCAAUUUUAUAUAUUUGGGAGGGCCAUUACCGACAAGUGCCUUGUUUCACGUGUCCGAUUCUUCAUUUUUCUUGUUAUUUUAUUUUUAUAAUUUAUUUCUGCUGUGCCUUGUUUUUGUAUUAAGAGUUGCGCUUUAUGCUCAGUGUUAAUACUGUUUGUCCGAAUUAUUUAUUUUUUUAUAUUUAUUGAUAGACCUCUGAAGGCUGGUUGUAAUUUUCUCCGAAAUAAACCUGCAUAUUAGUUUUUCAAAAG